CAAGGUCCCACCCACACGACUUUAAAGAUGCGAACUCCAGCGAAAGACGAAGAGCCAGUGUCCAAAAAAGCCGGCAUUAUUUUUGGACAUGAACUCCUUAGAGACGGGCGUGAUGGACGCUUAGGGUCUGUUGAGGAGGUGCUCGACAAAGUGUACGCGCUCGGUGCUGACAUUAAACUUCGUCAAACGGUGGGCGGCACAUUGGAAAACCUCAGUUCUGAGCUCUCUUAUCGCGAGGUGACAGACCUUUCUGGUAGCGAGGUGGCUGGCGCUAUUGAGCAGGUAAUGAUGGCCGUCGUCAAAAGCAUUUUAGUCGGCGACGGAUUCGGGUUCUCGCUUCCAAGUCGUGGCAGCGCUGAUCAAGUAUACAUGGAACAGCUAGAUCGUAUCGUACUUCGUGAUAAACAUACCUUCACCUCUUUUUCUAAUACCUCGUCAGUGCGGAAGGUCGCGAUUCUCACUCGCGUGCUGCAACUGGUUCACGGCGUGUUAUCCCGUGGCAUUCACGUCACCAAACGCGAUCUUUUCUACACUGAUGUAAAACUAUUUAAAGAUCAGAAGGAUUCAGACGGUGUUCUUGAUGAUAUUUCUUGUCUUUUGGGCUGCACAAGGAACUCUCUGCAUGUCGUCGCGUCUGAAAAAGGCGUUGUUGUUGGGAGAUUGAUAUAUACCGAGGAUGGCGACGAGAUUGACUGUACGAAGAUGGGUAUAGGUGGUAAGGCCAUUCCGAGCAACAUUGACAAGGUGACGAACUUCAGAUCGGACGCCAAAUUUGUACUAUUGGUUGAAAAAGACGCGGCUUUCAUGCGCCUGGCCGAGGAUAGAUUUUAUAAUCGAUUUCCGUGUGUUAUCAUCACUGCCAAAGGGCAGCCUGAUGUCGCCACUAGGCUCUUCUUAUCAAAGCUGAAACGUGACCUCCGUAUUCCAGUUCUCGCGCUGGUGGAUGCUGACCCUUAUGGGUUGAAGAUAAUUUCGGUAUACAUGCAGGUCAGGGACUGCAUUUGGGAGCGCCUUCACACCUUCUGCCCUUGAAAUUUUUUCCAUCAUGUGACGCUCUACAAUUGAAUUUGAUCAUGGAUUUUGACAAUAUCUGCUGGGAUCAAAAAAUAUGGCUUUUGACUCUGCAAACCUCACUACCCCAGACAUAAAGUGGCUCGGGGUUCGGCCAAGUGAUUUGAAUAAGUUCCAGAUACCUGAACAAUGCCGUCUAGAAAUGAGCCAGAAGGACAUUGAGACAGGGCAUCAUAUGCUAAAGGAAGGUUUCAUCCAGCAGAACCCCGAGUGGGUAGCGGAGAUAAAAAUUAUGCUCAGGUCCAAGACCAAAGCCGAAAUACAAGCACUUAGCAGUUAUGGCUUCCAAUAUCUAUCCGAGGUUUACCUACCUCUGAAACUGCAGCAGGGAGAUUGGAUUUGA